AUGGAAACAAUUUUAGAACAACAAAGAAGCUACCAUGAAGAAAGAGAACGUACCAUGGACGCUAUGGUCAAAGAAAUAUUGCAAAAGAAAACAGGGCAUCGGGAAACAAUCAAUGCUGAUCAUCGAUUAAAGAAUUUACAUGAUAGAUACAUUGAGUCAACAAUUCGUUUGAAAGAAUUAUAUGAAGACAAAGAUGGUUUACGGAAAGAAGAAAUUGCUGCUUUAUCUGGUCCAAAUGAGUUUUCUGAAUUUUAUUCAAGGCUGAAACAAAUCAAGGAGUUUCAUAGAAAACAUCCAAAUGAAAUUUGUGUACCAAUGUCAGUAGAAUUUGAAGAACUUGCUAAACUGAGGGAGAAUCCUGCUGAAGAUUAUACAACCCCUGUUGAGUUCACAGAUGAGGAAGGUUAUGGAAAGUAUUUGGAUUUACAUGAAUGCUAUGACAAAUACAUAAAUCUAAAAGGAAUUGAGAAAGUUGACUACAUAACAUAUUUGAGUAUUUUUGAUCAUCUGUUUGAUAUACCUAGGGAACGCAAAAACAGCGAUUAUAGAAAUUAUAUAAGAGCACUUUUAACAUAUUUGAAAGACUUUGUGAGCAGAGUAAAACCUCUUUCGGACCAGGCUCAAGAAAUGGCACUAGCCCAUCAAGACUUUGUUAAACAGUGGGAGGCUGGAACAUUCCCAGGAUGGCCAAAAGAAACAGGUGGUGCUUUAACUAAUGUUGGGGCUCAUUUGGAUUUGUCUGCAUUUUCCUCUUGGGAGGAAUUGGCCUCCUUAGGUUUAGACAGAUUGAAGUCUGCUCUUAUGGCAUUGGGCUUGAAAUGUGGUGGUACCCUGGAAGAAAGGGCACAAAGACUUUUCAGUACAAAAGGACAAACUGCCCUAGACAAAUCAUUAGUUGCAAAGAAGGGUCAAAAUAAGGCAAAAGCAACAAUACAGCAAAGACACAAAGAUAUUUCUGCAAUUGAGGCUCAAGUGUACAGAUUCGCCAACAUAGUCAGCAGUACCCGCGCGGCGACAAUAGAGAAUGUAACCCGCAGAGCAGCCCGUGCGGCUGGCGAACGUCGUGACGAAAGCGAUGAUGAGAGUGAUGCUUCAGUUACGGCUGACAUCGACUCUGAUGAUGAUGAAGUGCCCUACAAUCCAAAGAACUUGCCGCUGGGCUGGGAUGGCAAGCCCAUCCCAUACUGGCUGUACAAGCUACACGGCCUGAACAUAAGUUACUCGUGUGAAAUCUGCGGCAACUACACCUACAAGGGUCCAAAGGCAUUCCAACGUCACUUUGCUGAAUGGAGACACGCUCAUGGAAUGCGUUGUUUGGGCAUACCAAACACUGCUCACUUCGCAAAUGUCACGCAGAUUGAAGAUGCUUUAGCAUUGUGGGAAAAAAUUAAAAAUCAAAAGGAGGGCGAGAGAUUUGUCGCUGAAAAUGAUGAAGAGUUCGAAGACUCGCAAGGUAAUGUGGUAAAUCGUAAAACCUAUGAAGAUUUGAAGCGACAAGGUCUACUUUAA